CUGAAGUCGAAAUCAAAACAUUGCAUUUCGUCAAGAGUUCUGCUGGUUGUUUAAGCGCUGCAGGAUAUUUUUACAAAAUUUGCAAAUUAAGACCCGCUUCACAGAGCUGUUUUUGUUUUAAUGAAAUUAUUUUAUUCAUGGUUAAUGUGUGAGCAGCCUUGAGGUCGGCGAAUUGCGGGCGGUGAAUACACGGAAAAAUGGCGGAGGUAAUCGAACACUUGGACUGAAUAAUCCGCGCAGAGUUAUUAAUUAUUCUUCAGUCACAAGCUAUCGCUAAAGUAUAGAUAACGUUGAAUUAGUGCUCACUUUGAUAUUUUUUGUUUUCCCGACAGAAUUUCCUGAAAACAGGGUGUAUUUCGAUGCAAAUCAACCGAGCUGAGCUUCAGAAGGUUCGAGUAAAGCUCUCCCGGGAUGCUUUGACCAUUCAAAAGGAAGGAACUGGCAGUGUUUCCCCUUCUUCUUCUUCUCCAGUUAACCAGCCUGAGGUGGGUUUACAUAACUUGUUUGACACUUUCCUGGUGUUUUUAUCGCAAUUUGCUGGACAUUGGACUGGAUAUACAUUUAAUUUUUAACAAGUCGUGCUCACAGAGCGUUGACAAGAAUCGAUUUCAUUGUUCAAGGUCAAAGACUAAUUGAUUGCCAUGCAGCACUCACGUUCACGCAUUUGACUCAUCAUAGCUCUUUUAUUUCUUGUCACUAAAUACGGUAGUUUUUAUUUUGUAUCUGAGUUCAGCAGGAUAAGAAGAUAUUAUAUUGUUUAAAUGUAUUCCCUGGAUUCCAGGAAAGGCGCAGUAUAAUGUGGACACUUCUUGUUCGGUACGAUGAUCAUUUAACGAGAAAAAAAUCCCUUAAAACUUUAACAAAGCAUCACUUGUGAUUGCUUCCUUUACAAUUUCUCGAUUUGAUAAAUGCAUUUACACAAUUUUCACUUGAAAAAAGUCAAAUUCUUAGACAGGUCGGGCAAAAUACGAAACAGAAAGGAAAACAGUACGGGUCACCGUUUAAUCAUCAUUGUAAGUGAUACAUUGCGGCAAAAGCAAGCUCUGUUUAUAAUUAAUGGCCUUAAGAACAUUAUUGUUCGCUCAUUAUGCCCGAAAAAAACUUAUUAGAAUUGGAACAAUACGAUUGCUUGUAUCCGGUGAAAAAAAAGACAUCAGCUUUUCUAUUUUCCUUGAAGCAUUUCAUUGUCGGAGAUAAAUGCUUUCACGAUAUACAUUAGACAGUUAUGUACAUUAGUCAUCUGGUCUAUGAAUGUAAAGAUAUUUGAGUUAAAAAUACCCGAAAACUGUUUGUAGGUUAUUAUGUUUAAAAAAUGAAACAGGAAGGAAAAAACAGAAUAGUUUACAUGUACUAUUUUGGUUUAGUAAAACACUAAUUUGUGUAUGAAAACUGUUACAUAAUUUCGAAAUGCCAUUGAUAAUAACGAAAAUGCAUAGUAAUUAUUUGAUAGAUGGCACUUCUACAUUAGUUAAAGGAACUUUGAGGUUGAGUGUUUAAACACUGAUACUCUCUUAACUCUCCAUUCACUUUCCACUUAAUUUAUUUGUGGAUUAUUGAUGUGCACCUGGCUUGUUUAUUUCUAUUUGCAUUAAUUUGGGCAUAACUUCAAGGCUGGUUUUCAUCGGCAACAGAGUGGGAUCUGGAGUCAUGAUUAAAGUUGUUGGAGCAAUUUCGAUUUUGUCAAAAUUAGAAAUCAGAGUGGCAGUAUCAUAAGCUUGAUAGCACUGGGGUGGGAAAAAUCACAACUUCUCAAUUUUCUUAAGAGUUGGCUUAUGGCUCUGACACACUCAUGAUCCUGGGUAAACAAGAUAGUUCUAUACAGGAUCAAAGACCAGCAGAAGUUAAUCCUACGGGCAAGGACCUGGCACUUCAAUCAAGAAGAUACUGUUGUCAGGGGACACUUUUUGUUGUCCCAUGGGAAUCCCUAAACACAGGUCCACUGUAUAACCUCUGUAUCUGGGUACUAAUUGAAGGGACACUCCUAUUCAGGGAACACUUUUUCUAGUCAGGGUGCCCCCUAAAUGUAUGUACCACUAGAUUUGCUGUCCAAGGUGUGUUUUUGUUAAGUAAAUGACUGCAGUCAUCCUCUAGUUUCCUUACCAAUACUUCUUAAAGCCAUGCAGAUUUACAUCUGUACUCACGCACUGUCAGCUGUUUUAUUUUUUCAUUUGUUUCCAGAGCACAAAUGGCAAAGCUGAGUCCCCAACAUGGAAGAGAUCCCCAUUUACUGUAAGAUAUUAAGCUUAUCAAUAUCCACCAAACAAUCCAUGUUGAAAACUUACUGAAGAGUGUCUUUGGAAAUGAGAAGAAUGAAAGUUUUUUUUAUCUAAGUAGUAUGCUAAGUUGAUUACAGUUCACACCCAAUCAAAAUGAGUGUCCAAGGGACAGUGAAACAUUGGAUGAGAAUUUGAAUGUUUGUAUUUAUGGAAACAAAAAUUAAGAGAUUGCCUGUAGGAGUAAGGGUUGACACCUAAUUUAUUACAUUUAACUGCAUAUGGCACCUUGUUGAGCAGAAUAUGAACUUGGGUCAUAUUUGGGUAGAAUAUGGGUACCCUCUCACCAUUGUACCAUAAAAACUGUUGUGUAUCUUUGUGUCUAUAACGUACAUUUCAUGAAUUACAUCACUUGAAACCUGUAACCAGUUGAUAAGUUUUGGAUUGUUUCAUUGGAGAUGUUUCCAAUUCAGAUGGGAUGUAUUUAGGGGAGGACCAUAUAUUAAGUAAGAAUAUCCAUGCAAGCAAGUCUUCUUACAAGAUCCACUGAAAAAUACUCACCUGAUCAAAAAAAUCAUACCCCAAAAGAGAGAACAGAAGUUUGAAAUAUAGCUUUGAUUUAUUUUUUUUCAGAGCACAAAUGGUGAAGCUUCCUCUCCUACUCAAAAGAAGCCAACACCCCCCAUAGGGGUAUGUUGUUCCUAAGUGUAUAGUGGUAAUAUAAGUCAAAUAAAUGUUACAAUAGAUGAGAAAUAAGAUGUAGUGUCUGAUAUACUUUAUUGUGUUGACUGCAGAUUUAUACAAUAUAGGCAAUUAUAAACAGAUCAGUCAGUAUCAGACUCGUGGGAUCAUUUUUAUUCCUAGGAAAGAAAAGUGAAGCUCACCAAGAGAAAAGUAGGGGGACUGGGAAUGAGUAUUAAGGUAAGCAUUGAUAGAGAAAGCUUUUGCCUCCUUGAGUCUCUUUGCCUUUUUGCUUUUUAAAGGUCAGUGCACCUCACUGUAUUAAAAAAUAUAUUUUAUAGGGAGGACGAGAGAGUAAUCUUCCAAUAGCUAUCUCAAAAAUAUACAAAGAUCAAGCAGGUAUAACUAUAUUACUCUGUAACUUUUACUUGUCAUUAAUACCCUGGAAAUUCGUGUAGUAUUUUUUUUGUUUUAAUCAAUUUUCUUUUGCUGUCUUAGCUUAUGAAACAGGUCAACUUCAUGAAGGUGAUAUUAUACUUGAGGUCAGUAUAGGUAGAGGAUGAUUUUUUCACAGGCCUUUUCAGGCUUAAGUUACCUCAGAAAAACUUUCUUAAUUGGUAUAUUAAGGUCUGACCCUUUGAUCUCUGUCAUGCUACCUUUGAUGUGUAUUCAUUGUCAAAUUCAUAAGCUGUUAUGUACUCUCCCUACAAAAUAUCUACUCAGCUAAUUAUUAUGUUUUUUUUUUUUAGGUUAAUGGACAAGACAUAAGAAGAGCCACACAUGAUGAGGCAGUAAGUUGAACCAGUUCAGGCCCUCAUGUUUGGUUUGUUUUACCCUGGAUGUGUUCGCAUGGUUCCCAAAGUGUUAAGUUUUUAUAAAUGUCCUUUUUUUCUAGGUAGCUGUUCUUAAAAAGGGAGGUUCAGAGAUUGAACUAACUGUCAUUCACUCUUCUUCCCAUUCAUCAGGUAUUCAUGAUAAUGCAGGCAAAGAUUAGUUAUAUAUUUAAUAUUUAUUGCGUGGAAAGAGAAAAUAAGAAAUGACUUGUGGUGGGAAAGCCUGGGUUUCAUACAUGUUGGCCAGAACUAUCCCUGUUAAUAGGGUUUUUGAUAGGUUUGCACAGUCCUCUAUUGGGCAGUUUCUGUUGUAUUGUUCAGUUCUGUGGUACAAUUGUGUCUCCACAUUAACCUAAUGCUUCAUUCAUUUUUAGUUAAUGAUAGUGAAAUGACAGCAGGAACAACUUCUGAAGUGAGUCAGUCCAGUGUAUCAAAACAAGGUAUGUUAUACUAUGAAGACAUUCAAUGGUUUUCCCAGUUCAGUGUUGUUAGCCUGUACUUUUUUUUGUUCUCCUCUUUGCUCUCUUCUCCUGCACUACAUUUCUAAAUGAAAUCCCUGCCAAGCUACAUUGACAAUAUAAAUUAUUAGAGGUCAAAAAGGUUUCUUUGAUACCUGUGGGUUCAUAUUAAGUUAUUUUAAAUUUGGUGAUUUCAUAAUACUUUUGUGGAAAAUCCAGUAUAUUUCUAAUGAUACACAUAGUAAGGGUUGAUUGAUUUUUCCUUUCAAAGCAAAUGGAAUUGUUAGAAGUGUUGAAGAGUCAUCAAGUGAUGCUGAAUGUAGAGAGAACAGCAGUCAAAAGGUACAUUUUGUUACAAGUCAUAUCUCAGAAAUAUAGAAAAUCCUUUUUGUUGUAUUAACUUUCCAGUUUUAAUUUUGUGCAUUGACUUUUUUAUUUGCAGUCAUCUGAAGUUGGAGAAACAGAUUCUAACUCAUCUCUUCAGAGCUGGACAGAUAACAUUGUUCUUCCUCUGACAUUUGCUUCAGUGUCAAGAUACAAGUCAGGGGAAGACACAUUAAGGUAUAUGUUCAAAGCUUAAAUGUAAAACACUGUGUUUGAUCAAGACUGUACUGCCAAGCAUUUCCUGUUGAGAGAAUUGAUCUUGUUAGUUUGCCUUAGCAGUGGUACAUGGAAGGAGAGGCUCCUUGUAAAUUAACAGCCAUAACUACAGUUCACAUUUAAAAGUGGAAAUCUUUGAGUCCAAGUGGCACCUAACUGCUGGAACUUGUUAUGUUUCCUGUACCACAAAACAGCCAGGAAUAUUCUCACUCUCC